AUGCGUUCCAAUUCCUCCAACACCAUCAUCUCCUUUUGCAUUCUCAUCACCUUCACAACAACCAUACAAGCACAGCUCGCCGACCCCGUUUUCGUUAAACAAGUCUGCAGUCCAAACCAAACCACCACCACCAACACCGCCACCUACGAAAACAACCUCAGAACCCUCCUCUCCCUCUUGUCUUCCAACGCCACCGCCACCAAAUUCCACACCACCACAGUCCUCGGCACAACCUCCUCGGACACCUUGUACGGUCUCUUCAUGUGCAGGCUCGACGUACCCUCCCACUUCUGCUUCCGCUGCGUGAGUAACGCCACAACGAAUAUAUCCUCAGACCCAGAAUGUUCCCUGUCCAAACAGGGCGUUACCUGGUACGCCGAGUGCAUGGUUCGGUUUUCCAACGUGGCGUUCUUCUCCACCGUGGACACUUCUCCCUCGUGGGCCUUGAGCAACCACGUGAAUGCCUCCUCCAACUCGACGCUGUUCAUGGGGUUGUUGUUCGACGCCAUGAACCGAACAGCGGAAGAAGCGGCGAAUUCAGGAAACUGCUCAACGUGUCUUGGUGAAGCCAUUGGGUACCUUCCGUCGUGCUGCGAGGGAAAGGAAGGAGGCAGAGUUGGGUAUCCCAGUUGUACCGUUUGGUAUGAACUCUACCCUUUCUAUGGCCUCGCCACCAAUCAGACACCAACCAAAACUUCUCCAUCAUCAGGUGAUGUGGUGACAAGAUUACAUUUUUAUUUGUUCGAUGACAUGGCCUCUUUGGGCCGAUGUGGUGUUCCGAUAUCCAUGUUUCAUGGUCGAACCUUGAGCUCGGCAAUAAUGAGCCUACUGCUUGGUUAG